AUGCACGGCGCGGACGAGGAGGAGGAGGCGGCGGCGGCGAGGGGGCCGCGAAUGAGCGCGGCGAGCACGCAGACCGACAGCAUGGCUGGCCAAAUACCCAGGCUUUCUAAGGUCAAUCUUUUUACUUUGUUCAGUCUCUGGAUGGAACUCUUUCCUUCUGCCGAACAACAGAAGAAAUCACAGGUAAAGAAGAGCGGUCUGGUUGUGGUGAAAAACAUGACCAUCAUUGGUCUUCAUUGUUCCAGUCCAGACCUGCAUGCUGGUCAGAUCGCGCUCAUUAAACAUGGAUCAAGACUUAAAAACUGUGAUCUUUACUUUUCCAGAAAACCGUGUUCAACUUGCUUAAAAAUGAUUGUAAAUGCUGGAGUGAACAGGAUUUCUUACUGGCCCGCAGAUCCUGAAAUCAGCUUGCAGAAUGAGGCAUCCAAUCCUGUGAUGACCAGUGAUGCAAAGCUCGAUGCCAAAGCAGUAGAAAGGCUGAAGUCAAACAGCCGUGCUCGGGUGUGUGUGUUGCUUCAGCCCUUGGUGUGCUACAUGGUGCAGUUUAUUGAAGAAACUUCCACCAAGCUUGAUUUUAUUAAAAAAAUAGCCAAAUCCCAGCCUGACUUUAAUACUGACUUUUAUACUGCAUGUAGACAAGAAAGAAUUAAAGAAUAUGAAAGUUUAUUCCUGAUUUCAAAUGAGGAAACACACAAGCAAAUAUUGAUGACCAUAGGACUGGAGAACCUCUGUGAAAAUCCAUACUUCAGCAAUCUUAGGCAAAAUAUGAAAGAUCUGGUCUUGGUCUUGGCCACGGUGGCUGCCAGCGUCCCUGUCUUUGGUUGCUUUGGAUUUUACAGCAGUGAACCACAGCCAGCAAAUGAUACAUGCCAUCAGGGUUUGCCCCAAGAGAUUGCAAGGCACUGUAUGGUACAAGCCAGGCUGCUCGCCUACCGGACAGAGGAUCAUAAAACAGGAGUCGGAGCUAUUAUUUGGGCAGAAGAAAAAGCAAGAAGCUGUGAUGGAACAGGAGCAAUGUAUUUUGUAGGCUGCGGUUACAAUGCCUUUCCUGUUGGAUCUGAAUAUGCUGAUUUUCCACACAUGGAUGACAAACAAAAAGAUCGGGAAAUCAGGAAGUUCAGAUACAUCAUUCAUGCUGAGCAGAACGCCUUGACAUUCAGGUGUCGAGAAAUAAAGCCAGACGAGAGAAGCAUGAUAUUUGUGACAAAAUGUCCUUGUGAUGAAUGUGUCCCUUUAAUCAAAGGGGCUGGUAUCAAGCAAAUCUAUGCAGGAGAUGUCGAUGCUGGAAAAAAGAAAGCAGAUAUUUCCUAUAUGAAGUUUGGUGAACUGGAGGGUGUAAGCAAAUUUACUGUAAGUAUCUAAAAUACGUGUUAUAUACAAAAACCUGUGGGCAGCAUUCAUGGGAGGGUGGAGUGAGCAGUCACAGAGCUGGCAUACAGGAGUGUGCUGUUCAAUCAAGUGUGAGUGGCACUGAGGUUGCUCUGGAACCUCUGGGGAGGAGUGCUGUGCCAUGUGCUGUGUGGUGCCUGUUUUCUGGGAUGUCAUUUCCUUGCAGAUUGCCCUCUGACUUGUGGCUGCUUGUUGACACGGCGGCUCACCAUGCUGAAGUUCUCCUCAGACCUCCGUUCUGCCACAUGGGAUGGGAGAUGGCAGCAUGCUUUCAUAGGCCCUUCUGGCAGCUCUGCAAAGAGCUGUGGUGGGUUUUGAAGGUGGCCAAAUGCACCUGUGCUCAGGGUGCUCACCAUACCAAACUGCAGUCCUGUUAGUCUCUGCAGGCUUGCUUCCCCAUCUCAGGGGAAUAAAUGGCCACACAAGCCCUAAGGGAUCUUUAUCUUCAAAGGAAGUGUGUGUCUGAGGGACAGCCCUUCUUUUCCCAGCUCACAGUGAACACUGGAAAGUUACUUCUUUCUCCCCUUGCUCUUUCUUCUGUCUUCUGGAAUAAGUGAGGGGUCUGGAGCACAAAUCGUAUGAGGAGUGG